AUGGUGCCUACGAGACUGGCCUCGGGACCUAGGAAGUUCCAUGUCCUUCUGGGAACCUUUAUCCACAGCAAAUCCCGUACGGAGCUGGAGUACAUUCAUAACGCGGGUGUUGCAGUCGACCAUGGCGGCACGAUUGUCGCUAUUGCGAGGGACUGCGAGAGCGUGAAUGUGGCCAAGGACAGGGUUUUGGAGGAGACAGGGUGGACGCACAGCGAUGUUGACGUGGUUGCGUGUCGCGAGGGACAGUUUUUCUUUCCUGGCUUCAUAGACACCCACGUCCAUGCCUCGCAAUACCCCAACGUAGGCAUAUUCGGCAAAUCCACCCUCCUAGACUGGCUAGAGAAAUACACAUUCCCCCUCGAAUCGUCUCUCUCAGACCUCGCCAAAGCUCGCAAAGUAUACACCGCCUGCGUGCGAAGAACCCUUUCCCACGGCACCACCACCGCAACCUACUACGCAACCGUGGACGUGCCCGCGACCAACCUCCUCGCGGACCUGUGUCUGUCUAUCGGCCAGCGCGCCUUCGUGGGGAGAGUCUGCAUGGAUAGAAAGGAGCUAUGUCCCUCGUACUACCGUGACGAAUCUGCCGAGCAGUCUCUCCACAAUGCCAUGGAGUCCAUUGCGCAUAUCAAAGAGAUUGAUCCCGGCUAUGAACUCAUCUCGCCCAUCUUGACCCCUCGCUUCGCACCAUCCUGUUCCUCAGAAGGGAUGAAGGGCCUUUCCGCCAUUCAGAAAAGGGAGGACUUGCCCGUUCAGACUCACAUUUCCGAGAAUAAAAGCGAAAUCCAGCUUGUUGCCGACAUGUACCCCGAUUCAGGAUCCUACGCGAAAGUCUACGACGACCAUGGUCUCCUCACACCCAAAACCGUACUCGCCCACGCGGUUCAUAUCACCGAGGACGAGGCGCGUCUUAUUUCGCAGCGCGAGUCAAAGGUCUCCCACUGCCCUUGUAGCAACUCGUCGCUUACCAGCGGUGAGGCCCGCGUCCGCUGGAUGUGGGAACAGGGCAUUGAAGUCGGUCUGGGCACCGAUAUGAGUGGCGGCUAUUCGCCAUCAAUACUAGAAGCCGCAAGGCAGGCCACGCUCACGAGUCGUCAUUUGGCAAUGCAGAUCGGGGAUGAGGUGCUGCGGGAAAAGACAAAGUUGACCGUCGAGGAGGCGUUGUAUCUUGCCACCAGGGGCGGUGCGCACUGUCUAGGUCUCGGCGACAGGGUCGGCGGCUUCGAGGUGGGCAAGCAGCUGGACGCGCAGCUGAUUGCUCUGGCACAGGUGCAGGACGAUGGGUCGAGGGCCGGCGAGGACGAUGAUGGCUACGUGGAUGCCGGCAAUGUGGAUAUUUUUGGCUGGGAGACGUGGGAGGAGCGUAUUGCCAAGUGGCUUUACAACGGGGAUGACCGGAACACCAAGAAGGUUUGGGUCAAGGGCCGGUUAGUGCAUCAUAGACGAUAG